AUGCAAGUUCAAGCAACGACACAGCAACGACACAGCAACGAGCCGCUCUUACUACAAUACACCCAUCGAGUCCUGAAGCAGCAUCCUGUCGACCUAACAUUCUUUUUUGUUCCUCAAGUCGUUCAGGCUCUUCGCUUUGACCUUGCAUUGGGUCGACCCUCAAUCAUUUCCCUUAAAGGGUUACCGCAACUUGCACUGGAUGUUAUUGAUGUGGUGGAGAAGAGACCGUUGCGUUCCAGCGUGCUUGCCUCAAUUUCCGAGUCACCCAUGGCCGCAUAUUCUGUUGCUUGUUAUAUCCUGCAAAUCAAGGAUCAUCACAAUGGGAAUAUCGUACAUAUCGACUUUGGAUUCCUGUUUGAUAUAGAUGAGUUGUUCAUUUCACCGCCGCCGAUAUGCUAA